GGUUUUCAGGUGGACCCCUCCAGGUGGGUGCCACCUCCGUGCCCCGUGGCCCGGCCAACGUCGCCGAACACUUCCGCCCGGACCCCUGCAGCCGGAGCAGCAGCUGCAGCCGCAGCGCGGCGGGAUGGGGUGGAUGUCACCUCGCAGUGGUCACGCUCUUCCCCGCGACACCCAGGCGGCGGGACCACGGAGAGGAAGCCGUCGGGGUUCGAGGCCGGGUACCCCGGAAACCCCGAGGGAAGGAGGGGCUGAGAGGAGUUGCUUCGCUUCUCCGGAGUUGCGCAAGAGCCUGGGCGGCCGGGCGGGAUAGGGCUGUCAGUGCGGGCAUCCCCACCGCGCCCCCCGCCCGGAGGCCGAAGCAAAAGCGAAAGGAGCCCAGCUCCUUAGCCCCGGCGUCGCGUCCGCGAGGAGGUCGCCGCGCGCCUGUAAGUCGGCCGGGCCGCCGCUUUGUGACUUCACUGGUUUCGCAACAAGCCCGGACCGCCCGCGCCCCACCCACCCCCGAGCCUCCGCCUAGCCGCCCGCCGCCUGCUCUGCUCUCCGCGCUUCCCCUCCCUCCGGGGCCGGGCCUGCCCCGCCGUCGCGGAGCUUCCCCGCCGGCCGCCCCUUGACUGUCCGCGCCGUGGCCGCCGCCUGGCCGGCCGGCACGUGCACGGCCCCCCCCCCCGGCGGCGCGGAGAGCCCGGCGCCCCGGCCGCGCAGAGCGCAGCGCCCUCCCGGCGGCGCGAUGCUGUGCUUCCUCAGGGGAAUGGCCUUCGUCCCCUUCCUCCUGGUGACCUGGUCGUCCGCCGCCUUCAUCAUCUCCUACGUGGUCGCCGUGCUCUCGGGGCAUGUCAACCCCUUCCUCCCCUACAUCAGUGAUACAGGAACAACACCUCCAGAAAGUGGUAUUUUUGGAUUUAUGAUAAACUUCUCUGCAUUUCUUGGUGCAGCCACAAUGUACACAAGAUAUAAAAUAGUAGAGAAGCAAAAUCAAACCAGCUAUUUCAGCACUCCUGUUUUCAACCUGGUGUCGCUAGUUCUUGGGUUGGUAGGAUGCAUCGGAAUGGGCAUUGUAGCCAAUUUCCAGGAGUUAGCUGUCCCCGUGGUGCACGACGGUGGCGCCCUCUUGGCAUUUGUCUGCGGUGUCGUGUACACGCUCCUGCAGUCCAUCAUCUCCUACAAGUCGUGUCCCCAGUGGAACCGCCUUUCCACGUGUCAUGUCCGGAUGGCCAUCUCUGCCGUCUCCUGUGCAGCCGUCAUCCCCAUGAUUGCUUGUGCUUCGCUAAUUUCUAUAACCAAGCUGGAGUGGAAUCCAAAAGAAAAGGAUUACGUGUAUCACGUAGUGAGUGCGAUCUGUGAAUGGACAGUGGCCUUUGGUUUUAUUUUCUACUUUCUAACAUUUAUCCACGAUUUCCAGAGUGUCACCCUAAGGAUAUCCACAGAAAUCAAUGAUGAUGUUUGAAGAAAGAAUUCUAUCUCAUUCAGUCAAAGUUGCAGACAAUUUCUAGAAGUGGUACAGAGGACAGACAGGUUUUAAUGCUGCCCUGUAUGGAAUUCAUCUGUAGCACGUCCAGGACUUGAAUUUCUUUAAGAAUUCCCAAUAGUUGUAUAUUUCCAAAGGUAUGUUUUCCUAGAGAAUGUAGAGCAUUUAUGACUUUGUAGCAAUGUUUUUAAAAUUUUCUAAGUAGACAUUUUUUUAUAUUAACAAAUUCUUUACAGAAAAGAUAGGUGUUCCAGAAAAUGGAGACCUCUUAUUUUUGUACAGAUUCUGUGUUGUUUUAUUUUUCUUUGUGUGUGAGUGCUUUAUGGAAAUACACUAAAUGAGGACUUCAUUAAAAAGUAAAAUCAGGGGAUGCUCAUUUUUAAAUUUCAUUUUUAGAAAAUGAACUGUAUAAUUUGAUAUCAUGAGCAUUUAUAACAUUCAGUUUGUAAUGAUCCUUUAGAUUUAGUUAAUAAACUAACACUAAGAGACUAUGAUUUUUAGAUGAACCAAGCAAAAUGCUUCUAUCAAAAAGCCUUAUUACCACUAUGCACAUUAACUCAGUGACCACAGAAGACCUCGAUUUUGAAAUUCCGUCCUCCACGGGCCUCCCUGCUCACAGAAACCAAGCUUUUACCAUGGCUGCUAACUGUCUCUAGUGGUGUGAUUCCAGGUCGGGUGGAUUCAACAAGGCAGGUUAGAAACCAAAAGCCUUCUGACAACAGAGAGAAAGGGAGGUGAGCAAAUAACAGGAAGAACGCACUGGACUCAAAACUGUUGUCUUUGCCAGAUCUGGGUGGUGGGGGCGGGGAGGGGGGGGAGUGCGUCUCAGGGAACAUCUGAGGAAGGCAGAAUUCCGGGAGGGAGACUUUGGCUUAGUACUAAACCUCUGCGAAAGCCAACCUGCGAAAGGCAUUACAAAUACCAUGUAUUAAACUACCCGUUAUUGUUACUGGCAUAACUUGAAGCACAGUCUGACUCAGAAGCUGCAACUCACAUCUCGAACUGAGUGUGUGCCAGUCAGUGUGCUGACGGGAGCGCAGGUCUGAGAGGAGGAAGGGGAGCGGUGUGCAGAGAUGGAGUCUGUUGCUGCGCCUCUGACUAUGCCUGUGGCCGGGUAUCUGACACUAAAAUGUGAAGCAGGUCCUUGGCUCAGCAAGACCUGCACACACCACUUUUCCCCUAAAUCACGAAUGACAAAUGAAAAGCAAGUCAUUCCAGAAGAAAUGGGUCUUGAGAUGUGAAGGCUUAGGUUUGAAGGUUGAAGAGAAGGAACUCCCUUUUAAGGACCUUCCAGAUCAUGAACCCAUGUCUGGCCAGGCGGGGGCCAGAUCUUAAGGGUACACGCCUGCCUGGACAGCCUUGUUUGAAGGGGUAAGGCUCAGUAGUGGUCAGCCACCUCCGCGAGGAAAAACUGUCUCCCCUAAGGGGUCAGCAGUGAGAGCCUGAGACCCAUUUCUUGGUCUAUUUUAACUUGUUAUUUAUUUUUUAUUUUUCCUUUACGUUUUAACUUGUUAUCAUGCUCCGGCUCCCUCUGUAACACUGGAACUGAAAGACUGAUUAAAGCUAUGCCAGGCUGGAGAGGGGGAACCUCUCCAGAACACCUUGUACCAUGGAACCUGGAGUAGGAUGCAUCUACAGAUGGAUCUCCCUUGGAACAGACUUGUGUUAUCAGCCCUUCUCAUGACAUUCUAUCCUUCUUCAUUUCUACAUCUCUCUGAGAGGUUUAGAUUGGGAGCUCCUUGAGGGCAGUCUGUGCCUUAUCCUUUUAUCUUUGUAACUCCAGCUUUUACCAGGCUGCCUCCUGGUACACAGUAGGUGCUUAAUAAAUACUCACUAAAUGCAUGAAUGAAGGAGUGAGCAAAUGAAGGCAUGACUAGGGAUAUUCGUAGUGUUGCACAAUGCCGUUUACUUGAGUUUACUAAUUAAGUGAUAAAUAGUCUGUAUCACUUGUCAUACUGACUCUUUUGCUGUGUGUGCUGUAAACAUUUCAGCUGUGUGGGCUUCUGCAUUGUAUGACAACUCUCUUCAACCUGGACAGUUACCACAGAAAUUGUCACACGGGCUAGACAAACGGUACACCUGGAUUGGCAAACUGAGGCCAAAAAUCACUCCAGACAAUCAUGUUCUGCUGAAAUCGCUAAAGCUGGUCUUAUCCAUAUUUUGGUAUUAUUUCUAAUUUCCAUGAACUUGCAUUUCCUUGGACCUUAUGGCUGAAAGACUAAAUAAAAUGAAAUAUUUCUUUAUUUUAGUAA